AAUCUACGACAUACGGUCACACUGCGCAUGUGGAACUUUAAGAAAAUCUGCAAAACAUUGACAAAAUUAUUAAAUUUAAUAGCUUAAUCGGACGAAUAAGAGUGUAUUUAUGUUGAUUAGUUGUUGUCUCUGAGCCAGUGGGCAAUGUACACGUGCUUACUAUGCCUAAAACCGAGGAAUCAGCGAGAUUUAUGUGACGAAAUUCCGUAAACAAAUCAGCGUGCAGCUCGAGAAGAACCUGAUAUGCGGUAAAUUCAAUAGUAUGCCCCAGUGGCCACGGAGUCCGCCGGAACCACAAAAACCAUGUGGCCCAACAGCAACCUAAACGCCGUGCUGCUCAUCCUGGCAGUGCUGGCGUGCCCAACUAGCAGCCAACAUGUUCCUCUGGCCAUGGCCAAUUCAACUAGCAACCAAGUGCCUACGGAUCCUGGCUUCAUGCCGCUGCAGCAGUCGCCGGGAAGCGUCUUUUUCGUGCACCACAACCAGCAGAAUGCCAUGCAGCUGCGACAUAGCAUGGAGGGCAAGCUGCGGAAUAUUCGUAAUACGGAGCUGAGGGUGGCCAAGAUACAGGAAAUCUUUGACUCCAUGCACUUCAGCAGCGCCAAAGGAGCGUCAAACACUCGUCAAGCUUCGAGCAACGAUAGCAACGUGGUCAAUCCCCAGUUGCAGCGGGACUUGCAAUUGUUUAGUGAGCGUCUGAGCAAGAAAAUCCAGAAAGCCACUUACGUGGUGUUGGAACUGCGCGAACUGCUUCGCUACAACCUGACCAAGGUCUGGCAAUACAGCUACGACGACGAGGAUGAUGAGUCGGAGAGCGAAAUGGAUCUAGAAAUGGAGCUGGAAGAUCUACAUGCCAGGAACACGGCCUCACCAACCGAUGAGCAUGUGCAGCUCUACUUGAACACCCAAAUAGAGAGCUGCCAGCCUGACUACGAAACGGACUUGGAGUACGGCUCCUCAUCGACCCAAUCGAUUCACUACAACAGACAGCAGAUCCAAAUCCUAAACUAUCUCAAGUCGGAUGAUGCACGCGCUACCUUCCUGAAUGAGAAUAAUGCCCGUUCCUUGGCUGUCAAUGGCUACAUAUCGAAUCAACUAGUACUACUCAAGCGCAGGCUCAGUCGAAGCGAUGCGGAAAACUCGAAUAGCAAGCCAAUUAGCGGGAAUCACUUUAAACACAUAUAUUUCCUAUCCAAUUCGGAUGGAGCCUCUGCUAGCCUCCAUUUUCGUCAGCUCUACGUGUCAGCUAUUAAGCAGAAAUUUGUGCUCUUCCUCAUCGACGUGGGAUCAGCUCUAAGCGCGGAGUUAUUCGACCUCUCAAAAAGCUUUGUUCACGAAAUGCUCCAGCUGCUGGAAGAUACGGAUAAAGUUUCACUGGUGACGGUUGCGAGUGAAGCGAACUUCAUGUCCCUAGAAGCCUUUCCCGCCGAGGCUGGUCACGGCAUCUACAGUGCGACUCGUGCGCACAAGGAGGAAAUUAUAAGCUUCAUUAACAGCUUGAGCCGGGCACAGGCCUUUACAAACCACUCCUUGGGAUUUGAGUACUCCUUUGAGCUACUCCAUCGACUGCAACAGUCGGGUAUGAUAAAUACGGCAGAGCAACCAGUGGAAUUCGUUUACAUUACUCGUGGUCUGCUGACCAACUUGUCUGAUGCAAUGGCAGUACUGCGAGUAGUGGCCGAUGGUCAAAGACGACUCAGGGCUCCAGUGAUCAUUAACACAUGCGCAGUGGUGCUCGACGAGAAGCGUAUAAUGUACGAAAAACAAUUCCUUAACGACGUCGCCAGUCAGAACUACACCAAGUACGAGAUUGAUGUGGCAAGUUGGUGGCCCAGUGGACAGGAAGCGUCUGAGUUGGUUGGACGCUUCUAUGUGCUCAGCAAAAUGCACGCGGAAACGUCGUUACCCCAAACGAGUUCACGGAUAUUUGGACCGCUCUUUCAAGAGCGAUAUUUGAGUGAUACGCUGGAAGUUCAUCCUCCAGUUGUGGACGCAGACAGCGGAGAUGUUCUUGUCUCCAUCACGCAUGCCGUUCCUCCCUACGGUGUUGUAGGAGUAAACUUGUACCUGUCGGAUCUGCUUGAGGAUCUACUUAACUACCCCAGUACUACAUCCAGUGCCAAGCAGGGCUUAGGGUAUGCCUUUCUGCUCGAUCGCUCGACGGGAAACACGCUAGCUCAUCCGGCUUUUCCACGACCGCUCAUUCAGCGCGAGACCUCGUAUCCCGUAAACAUCGCCUAUCUGGAAAACGCCACAGAUUUUUCCAGCCAUAUACGGGAUCGCCUUCUGCGCGAGGAGAGCGGUAAUGUCACCACGGAUGUCUAUGUGGGCAGACAGCGACUGCAGCGUACCUACUACUGGCAAUCCGUGCUGGGAUUUUAUGUACUCUGCCUGGUAAGCAGUGGCGGCGACACACUGCGCAAUGUUUCCUCCACGCAACGUUACAACCUAAAGGACACCGUGUCCAACUACGAGCCCGGCUACUAUGGUGAGAGCAUGGACCUACUCUACCAUCGCCUGGAUUUAAACCAAGGCGGCAGUGCACCGCCAAAAACCUGUCGCUACUUCAGACAAGUAGCCACAAUGGAUGCUCCAACUCUGUUCCUGAGUGCUGCCGCAUUCGAGUCUCCGUUCGGAUUCCUUCACAACAAUAGGCCUCGCACCCAGCUGCGGCAUGUGGAGUCUAUAAUGGCCUAUCUUCGCGACUCAAGUGGCCUGCUGGCCAAUAUGGGCCUGCGUCCCAGUAUUCGGCACGAAGUGGGCGUCCUUUACCAGGCGAUGCAGCAGUUGAGACGACGGCACCAGGACGCAAGGGGCUCACUACGCAGCCAUGUCAUUCGACGGUACAUCGCCAGUGUGAGUGGAGUGCUGCAAUUGUACCCAGGUUGCUUGCUUAGCAGCAGCUAUGAUCCAACGCGAAGGCCAUGGUUCCGACAGGCAAUAGCGCAGCCUGGAAAGAUUGUUAGCACAGCUCCGUAUCUGGAUGCCGGAGGAGCUGGAUACAUAAUCACCAUUGCGCACACCAUCUUCGAAGGCAAGGCCCAUGCGCUGCACUCUGCCCAGCAGGACAGACCCGUAGCAGUGGUAGCCCUGGACGUUCCUUAUGCCUUCUACUAUCGCCUGAUCCUGGAGGGCACACCGAUCUGCCAGCUGCCGCAUAUAAAGUGUCUGCUGUUCGAGCACGAGGGAUAUUUGUUGGCUCACCCCAGCAUGUUGCAGCCCGCCACACUCACGAAAAACCAGCGACGUCCACAUGAGCACCUCACACACAAGGAAUCGUAUUUGGCCAACGAUAUGUUGAACCACGGCCAAUUGGUACGAAAACUCGGCUGUGCCAGCUACCAAAACCGCACGUUGCAGCGUUACUACGCCUUCAACACAUCUCUGUCCAGCAUCCUGGGCAACGUAGUGCACGGCGAGCGAACCAAGUACGCGAUUGCCCUGAUCCGUGGUAGCAAUCUAUUCGCAGCCGUACUAAACUCCAGCUGCGAUGGCGGCGCCUUUUGCCCGUGCAGCACAAUCGACAGAGAGUGUCUCAACUGCAAGCGAAUGGACCAAACAGACUGCGAGUGUCCUUGCGAGUGUCCAAUGGUGGGAGACAGCAGCUCACCAUCGUCCCUCAUGUACUUUGCCAACUACACGCGACAAUUUCCGUACUGUCCACCGCCAAGUGAACAUUUCAUUGCACUUCCACCGACCACACAGCUGCUGAGUACUCUGCCGAAUUGUCCUGGUUCUGCUGGCAUAUGCGAAACGUAUUCCACUCAAAGAGAAUGCCUCGGAGUGAUGGGCUGCGAAUGGUGCCAGCUGGAUGUGGACGGCAAUAGUUUUUCGACCUCCUUCUGCUCGUCCCAGGCGAGCUGCUUCAACGGAGUACUUGCCUCGCUGACACCCUACGGUGAGCUGGACGAGAUGGAACUGCUGGCCGCCCACAAUCCGCAGAGAGAGCAGCACGCUUACUCUGCAUUUGGUCCGCUAGGAGGAGCCAUUGUGGUGCUUGUCAUGGUGAUUGGCUUUGCCAUCUACUGCUACAGACACAAUCUGGAUGCGCAGACGCAGGAGCACUUCUAUGUGGAUUCGGUACAGGAAGAGAAUUACGGCUUGCCGCUGUCCAGGUUCAACUUUGACGAUUGCAAAGCGCAUGACGAGCCGCCUCUUGGUGGCGGCUAUGACCACGCAUCUGCACAGCGGCAGCUGAUGCACGCGGCGGAUAUUUCGCCCUACCACGUUUCCAGCGGCAGUAGCUAUCGCCGGCCACCCAACGGUGAGUCGGAUCAUGGCUACAGCACAAUGACGCCGCACGAGGACAGUUCCGAUCAGCAGUGCUUCACGCUGGCGGAACCUUUGCUGCUGCACGACAAGCGGCACAGCAAGUCGGACACCAUGUCCAUAUCCACAUCCAUAUCGAGUCCCACGAAUCGACAGCAGUCCUCCUCGCAGCCAAACACGCAUCCCUACUUGAGCAAUCAGCCGACCUCAAAGACGGAACGCUACAAGCAGGUGCAGGCCACGCCCUCGCCAUGUCGCGGAACGCCAGCAGGUGGUAGUGUCUACGGGCAGACGACGUUGCCCCUCGAGGGGGAUAAGACCCGGCCACACUAUAUCCUGGCACCAGUGACGGUGCACCGGCACAUGGAAACUGCCGAAUCGUAGUCCACAAUAGCGUUGUUAAGUUUUAGAGCGUAAGAUGUCCGCUUGUUUGCCAAUUUAGUUAUGUAAGUUUCCAAAAUGGGCAGUUCAACUGCCGACAGUCCAGAAUGCUGGGCCCGCAUUCCAAACCCGCAAUGUGUUUUGUGAGCUCGCGGUGGCCUCCAUUGUUGGCCCAUCUGUAUCUAUUAGAGCCUCCGUGGACGAGACGAACACCAACUAUUAAGUGAUGACAUUGUUUCUGCCAUUUUUGAUCGAUGUAUUGUAUUUGUAUUGUAUUGUAUUUUACUGUAAUUUAUUGCAAAAAGUAUUACUAUAUUAUGUGCAGCUAUAUACUUCCGAUAUUUUUAGCAUUUAUUUGAUAAGCACCAACAACAGAAAUGUACUUACUUGUCUGAUUGUAAGAUACCAUGUCGUAUAUCGUUUUUUGUAAUAGCCCCUAAGACUACAGAGUUACUAACUACUGAUUUUAGUAAUACACAUCUAUAAUAGCAUUGUACGUUUCAAAUAAAAUGUUUAAAUUUUGC